CCGGUCGCUAUGUUGACGCAUGUUGUCAUUAUCAUAACCUCAAAACCGUAAUUUCAUAAUUUUGGACUUUCUGUAACCAAAUUCUAGUGUAGAAAUAAAUGUCAACAAAAUUAAAACUAUAUCUGGGCCGAAAGGUGAUUGAUUCACUUAGUAGGUCAACGAAAUUCACCCCCAUUGAACUUCUCCCCCUCAUUCAUGUCGGAAACACGACUUUGAAUAACAGUUUUGAGCUACACUUGCCUCUAAGCACCCUGGAAGACCAUUUAGGCGUCCCCAACGUAAACGAAAUCCUCAAAAUUCGCCCCGAUGAUAUAAUUAAAAGCAUUGAAACAAAGAAAGACCGCGCUAAUAGAAAAAUUAGUUUCGAAAUAGACCGKACGAUUUUCAUCCAAGACGUUAUUGAAAACAGCCCCAACCCUGACUUAAACCUAAAACCUAGAAACAUAGUCGUUGAAUUUAGCUCACCAAACAUUGCUAAACCGUUCCACAUGGGGCAUUUACGCUCAACCAUAAUCGGGAAUUUUAUUGGCAAUUUAAACUCAUUUUUGAACAAUAAAGUAACCAAACUCAACUAUUUAGGGGACUGGGGCACGCAGUUUGGGUUUAUUAAAGUGGGGGUUGACGAGCUUAAACACACACAAGAAGCAAUAAAAAAUAAUCCGUUGAAACUCUUAUACGAAUCGUACGUUUACGCGAAUAAACUUGCCGAAAAAGACCCCACAGUGGCAGACAGAGCAAGACAAGAAUUUAAUAAAUUGGAGAAAGGGGCACCCGAGGGGCUAGAAUAUUGGAAAGAGUACAUGCAGUAUAGUAGAAAGGAAUUAGAGACGACUUARAAAAGAUUAGGUGUUGUUUUUGAUGAGUAUAAUUUUGAGUCGAAUUAUAGUGUUAAGGAUAUUCAAAAUGUGAUAGAUGUUUUAAAUAGUAGGCAUAUCCUACAGAAGGAAAGCGAUGGAAAGUUGAGUGUUGAUGUAAAUAAACGGAAAGUCGCAAUUAUGAAAAGUGAUGGCUCCACUUUAUAUUUAACGAGAGAUAUAGCGGCCGCAAUAGAUAGAUAUAACAAAUACAGCUUUGAUAAAAUGCUUUACAUCGUGGAUAACAGCCAAAGCGACCAUUUUAAUAAUCUUAAAGCAAUUUUGCAUAAAAUGAACCUGCCGUGGGCUCACAAGRUKCAACACGUUAAAUUUGGCCGAAUUCGUGGGAUGAGUACAAGAAAAGGAACAGCCAUCUUUCUGAGAGACAUUCUCGAUGAAUGCAGAGAGAUAAUGAUAAAGAAACAGGUCGAGUCCCCAAACACKCGAGUCCCCAUUGAUGACAGCGCCGUGUCAGACAUACUCGGCGUUUCUUGCGUCAUAGUCAACGACUUGAAGCAACGCAGACAAAAAGAUUACGAUUUCACCUGGGACAAUGUUUUACAAAUCCAAGGAGACACGGGUGUUAAAUUACAAUACACCCACUGCCGCCUUUACAGUCUCGAACGCAAUUCUGGGGCAACACGACCCAAAAAAGUCAUCCCUGAAGUAAUCACAGAGCCAGAAGCCACGGCCUUAGUUCGAGAAAUCGCCCGAUUUCAUGAGAUUUUAAACAGAUCUAAUGAGCAACUCGAAGCUUGCAUUCUUGUAACGUACCUGUUUCGCCUGUGUAAUCAAAUCAACAAAGCCCUCAAAGUGUUACAAGUCAAAAAUACCGAUCCCGAGAUCGCCUCCCAGAGGCUACUCCUGUUCAUAACAGCGCGGCAAGUUCUAGGAAAAGGGAUGAGUAUACUAGGAUUACAUCCUCUUGACGAAAUGUGAAUUAUUUUAUUGAACUAUUUGUAAUACAACUAACGUUUUUUCCAA